AUGACGCGGCCUUAUGUUGUGAAGGACCGGAAGCGAAAGAAGAAGGAGAAGUACGAUGCCGAAGAAGAUGAAGAAGCGGAAGCAAUGGAAGUAGUGAAGAGAGCGAAUUCAAACCCUCUUGAGGAAGAAAAGACCGCGGAAGAAGCACAAGACGCGGCGGCGGCAGAGGAACUUGAAGGUAUUCCUAUAGCGCCAAGUGACCGCAACACUGACCAGUCUAAAGUUAUAUUUGUUCUCGAAAGGGCUUCUUUGGAAGUCGCCAAAGUUGGUAAGAGUUACCAGAUUUUGAAUUCGGACGACCAUUCCAAUUUCUUGCGUAAACAUAACAGGAAUCCUGCUGAUUACAGGCCGGACAUCGUUCAUCAGGCCCUUCUAAUGAUUUUGGAUAGCCCACUAAACAAAGCAGGAAGAGUGAAAGCUGUGUAUGUAAGAACUGAAAAGGGUGUUCUUUUUGAGGUCAAACCCCAUGUUCGCAUACCAAGAACUUUCAAGCGGUUCUCUGGUGUCAUGUUGCAAUUGCUUCAGAAAUUGAGCAUAACCGCUGUUGGUAAGCGUGAGAAACUUCUCCGCGUGAUCAAAAACCCUGUAACCCAGCAUUUACCAUUAGACUCGCGUAAAAUAAGUCUCUCAUACAGUUCACAAAAGCUGGUAGAUAUGAAUGACUAUGUGACAACGAUCCCUACCAAUAUGAACCCCGUGUUUGUGGUAGGUGCUAUGGCCCAUGGAAAGAUUGAGCCAGAUUAUACGGAUGAAUUCAUUGCAAUUUCUGGCUACCCUCUAAGUGCUGCAUAUUGUCUUACUAGGAUUUGUGCUGCCCUCGAAGGAAAAUGGAAGAUCUUGUGAGCUUCAGCUUUAUCGAUUCAUACUUUAAAUGCAAUUACUGACUUGAGUGGUCCGUGUGUAAAUUGUAGGGGAGGGAACCUGGCCGCGAAUAGCAAUUAGCCAAUCAUGCACCAGACCAGACUUGGUCUCUAAAGGCUUAGGGGCUUUCUUGGACUAUUUACCAUAGCACCUACAUAUUGAUUACUGAUUGAUUAUGGAAUGAUGUUAUAGUUUGAUUACACGUGUCCCUCGUGCAUUUGAAUAGAUGAUUGGCGUUUCGACAUUUUUCAUCCCAGGUUUUGAUACGAGUAUGUGAAAUAAACUUGUAAGAUCAUAAUUGAUUAUUUACGCGAGUUGACAAA